CCAUGUGAGACGCACUCGGCUUUAUGAAUAUCCACAACAUUUAACACUUUUAGCCAGUAUUUAAACGUUCCGUGCUACGGACAAUUACUCGCUACCAAACGUCUAACUCGCGCGACCAACUUAUUUUUAAACUGAUUUUAUAUUUUUUUUUACCACGCGGGAAAACGAUGAUCUCUGCUAGGGGACACCACAAUUCGAGAAUUAUGACCAGCUAAUCCAAAUAUGUGGAUCGUGACAUAUAUAAUGUGAUAUUAGUUGGUACGGGUAAGGGUAAAGAAGUGCAUAAGGUUUAGUAGGUAGUAGAAUUUGUCGGGUUCAUUUCAACAAAGGAUUUAUUUUUAUUGUGAAAGAUGGAGGAAUCUAGUACCAGGAAACCCCCCGACGGGGGAUGGGGUUGGAUGGUGGUGUUCGGAGCUGCUUUAAUUAACAUGGUGAAUCAAUCGCUGUUCGCCAACUAUGGAUUGAUAUUUGGCGAGUACAUCAAAUCCAUAUCCGGCGGGCACGCCACUGGAAUCACGCUGGUGAUGGCGUUAAGUGUUGUAGUGACUAAUUUCGCCGGACUGAUAGUGGGACCCUUAUUAAAAAUUUUAGAUAUUAGGACUUUUACGUUUAUCGGUGUCGGUUGCGUGGGAACCGGUAUGAUAAUUUCUAGUUUCGGUACUGCUAUUUGGCAUAUUGUCAUCGGAUACAGUAUAUUUACAGGUUUUGGUCUGGGUUUAUUGGCGUCAGGAACGUUUUUGGUCAUAAAUGAGUAUUUUACCGAAAAGAAAAGUACAGCCGUGGGUAUUUCAAUGGCAGGAACAGCAAUUGGACAAAUGACCAUGCCCAUUUUUAUUGGAAUGUUAUUAAGAAAGUAUGAAUAUAGCGGUACAACAUUAAUAUUAGGACUUAUGAGUUAUACGGGGGUAAUUGGAGCUAUGUUCUUCAAGCCAAUUUUAUGCUGUAAAAAAUGGGAACCUGAUCACGCUCCUGUCGAAAAUGAGAAAAAGAAGCCUAUUGAAGACGAUAAAGCUAACAACAUUGCAAUUUCUACAACUCCAAAACCCGAAGAAGAAAAGUUAUUAACUCCAAAUGGAGCUAAUAAACCGUUGGGACGAAAAAAAAGCGUAUCCAAAAUGUUACAAAAUCACAUCGAGUCAAAUUACAAAGAUUCUGCAAUAGAGAUGGCAAACAGUCAGUUUCAACUAAAACUAGAGGAAAAGAAGGAUUCGUUCUUCCGAAAAGUAGCCAAAGCUUUAGGGUUAAAUCUAUUAAAAGACCCUGUAUAUGUCCACAUCGUUGUUGGUUUAGGUUUAAUUUAUGUAUCUACCGUCUCCUUCGGUGCUUUUUUUCCCAUUUUUCUUCAAGAUGAAGCAGAUCUGACGAUGUUACAAACCACUACAACGAUGACGUCACUAUCAUCUGCUGAUGUUCUAGGUAGAGUAACAGCAUCUGAGGUCUUCAGGAGGUUGAAACUUGGUAACAGAACGACAUUUAUGAUAGGUGCUACAUUAUUGGCUAUACUGAGAUCAGUUGAAGUUCAAAUGCCAAGUUACCUAUAUUUAGCGAUAGUUGGAUUCAUCGUUGGGUAUUUCCGAGCUAUAGCUGUGAUAAACCAAAAUUUGGUUAUUUCCGAAUAUAUUUCUAAAGACCAACUACCCUCAGCAGUAGGUCUCAAUAUGGUUACUAAAGCCAUAUUGACUUUAACCAUUGGACAAUGUUUAGGUUUAUUGAAGGACUUAUGGAACUACAGAAUAUGCAUACAUGCUUUAAACACAAUCACAUUAGUGGUAAUAGUAAGCUGGUGCAUAGAAAUCUUCAUCAGACGAAUGAGGGCUUCCAAAAAAUCAGAAAAAGCCAACAUCAUCUAAACAAAACCAAUAAACUGGAGUUUGGUUGAAUACCUGUCAAUAAGAUCGAGAUGUGACUCUAAGGGUUGCGUCAUUUUAUUUUUUAUCUCGCUCUGGAGUAAUUAUAAUAACUAUUUUCUAUUUCACUCUGGACAAUCCUGUUCCACCAGAUUGUGGACCAGAUAAUAGGGUAAAACAGAAAAUGGUUGUUAUAAAUACACCCGAAAUGAGAUGAACAAAUAGAAUGGCUGCGCAUAUAGAGUCACACCUAAUCCUAUUGCACAAAAUGCUCUUAUUGGUAUUACACCCCACUCCAGUUCGUUGAGCAAAACCAGUAAACUAAGUACCAACGUCUUAAAAGGAUAUUUUAAGAUUAUUGUGUGAUGCUGUGAUGAAUAGAAAAACAAUUGAAAAUUGACAGCUGCCAU